GUGUGCGUGUGUGCGUGUCUGAAUGCCAACAAGUUGAUAUUUUAUUUUUUUAUUUCCCAAACAUUUUUUGAAUUAAGCUCCGGAAGUUAGGUAGAGCUACGGCGAGUGGGGCAUUUUUCAGAGGAAAAGAAAAGUACUUUCCACAACAACGGAGACUCCAAUGAACUCGAAAAUAAGACUAUGCACAGCCUCUGAAAACAAGCCACAUCUACGCAGUUUAUCGAAUUUCGGUGUAUCAUUUUUCUCGACACGAGCUAACUUGAGGCUAAACUGUGCAGCACCUCGCGCUGCAGUUUUUUGUGCUUGGCAGUCAAGUGAUAGUCCCGCGUGCCUUCUUUUAAAUGCGUAAAGUCGCUCAUGUUAGCUAAUGAAGUUGUAGUAACCGUCGUUAUUAACGUUAUAGUAGGGGAUAAGCCAUAAGCUACUCUGUAAACAAUGCUAAAGACGCUGACGAAGAAGCUACGAAGACAUUCCCUCAACGAGAUACAUCCUUUCCAACUGAAGAUUUCUUACCAUGGCAGUGGAGAGGGAGGGGAGAGUGACGACUCAGAGGGGGAGAACCAGGAGCUUGCACAGAUUGACAGAGAGAGACGGAGAAAUUGCGCCCUCACUCCCUUGGCCACCAGCCAGCAGCACAACCAGGGUCCCCUCUCUCCGUCUCGGUUACGACGCCUUCGCCUCCUUUUAGAUGCCAAUCUGGAUCGCCACUCGUCAGAGGAAGAGCUGGAGCGAAUCAGCUGCGGCGACAACAGGAAGUGGGUGUCGGCGCUUCCCCAGCGGCAUGGCGACCACCACAGCAGCACCUCCAGCGACGAGGAGGUGCGGGAGGUCUUCGGCUGCGGGUCGCCGGCCGCCACAGCCCGGCCCCUGGUGGAGUCCAACGCCUGCCUGGCAGCCUCCCCCAGCCCCGUACUCUUCAGCUCCAGUCCACCACGUAGCCUCAAGCCGCCCCCCAUGCGCUUUCAGCUGCAGGUGGUGCAGCCGGUGGUUCGACCAAUCAUUUUGACCCAUUUUGAGCAAUCAGCACCUUACAGGAAGUAUCGGCACAGUUACGGCGGGGAGGCCGGGAGGCCCAGUCUGGAUCUGGAGAAAAUGCAACAGAAAAUGCUGCUGAAAAAGAAUUGCGGAGGGAAAACCCGGACCAUAAAGAUGCGGAACCUGACGGGGAGUCGCCCCCCCCCCAGGUACACCUACGACCCCUCCAUCUUCGCCUUCCGCUCCUUGAGUACAGUGCCCCCCUGCAGUCCCCUGACCCCGUCCGAGGAUCCCCCCUUCUCGUAAAACAACAAAUGACCACCAGAUAAUCCUCCGCACCACUCUUCAUUCCCAGGCGGCUGCUUUCUUUUGUUACAGCUUUCUGCUUUGGGACCAAGAAGUGAUUGUUCUAAAAGGGACCGUGCUAGAAAAGACGUUUGUUCCACGGUCAAACUAUUUGCACACUCAGGUAAUCCCACCCUGUCACUUUGAUCAUUUCUCUCCACUAAAAAAACAACAUUUGGGGAAUAAAAUGGCCACAAACUAUUCUAAGGAUUCUUCAGGUUAUGCAUACGUCUCUGAAAAAGGCCCUGCUAAAUGACGCUAACAUGGACUUGACGACCAGAGGUGGUACAAAGGGACCAACCAUUUUGAAAAAUGAAUUUAGCUCUGGAACAAUAUUCAAGGGAAAAAUGCAUGUUAGACAAUCAAGUGGUUCCAAGGUUUCUUCCUUUGAUGUGAUUACUGGACAUGUUGUAAGGUUCUGGGUAACUUUAUAUAGUAAACAUGUCAUCAAAGUCAAACAAGUCAUCGGAUAUCUUGUUAUUGUGGAGGUAAACAUAGCCAGUGGUCACAUAUCGUCCGUCUGAAAAAUACUCUGGAUGUGUUUAUUGAGUAUGCAGGAGCUAUAACAAACAUGUAUGACAUGUAUGUAGUUAAAUAGUCCGCCUGUCACAACGUAAGCUUCUUGAAUUUGUCACUUUCUAGUCCAGGUUACGAAUACUUGUAUCCUCUUUCCUUGCAUGGGUUCCACUGUUUGUGCAGAAAGAGGUAUGUGGAAAUAAGGAAGUAUGAGAAUAGUUUGCUGCACAUUUGGCAAGUGUAUUUGGCCUACUUGUAGUGCGCCAUCUUUAUUUCUUUCCAAUAUUGUACCUCAUUAUUUUCUAGAUAGAAGAGGUCCGCUGGUGUUCUGAAGACACCCAAGUGUUUUCUUAAGAUCUCUUAAUGCCUUGAAAUCACAUUCCUGUUGUAUUGAAUGAAACUUGAGGUAGUUCUCGAUUAAACACGAUGUCACCACUGUAACUAAGAUUUCGCCGAAGUAAGUGAAUGUAACAUUGUGACGUCCAUCGUUGCACAAAAUGAAUCAAUAAAUGCCCUGUGGCCUCUUGUUCAUUGGA